AUGAUGCAAUACUUACUAACUUACGCAGAGGCAGAGCAACAGAAUUAUGUUGACCAACAACCACGGAAGAUCCAGUCUGCUGCUAUUAUCGCUGAUUAUUCAAAAAUCUAUGACAAUCACUACUUGAAACUUGACCACUGGAGAGCAGCUAUUCUAUUUCUUAUGCACGAGGCAAAUGGUUUCCAGAAUGUUAUACCUUCUUAUAGAGAGCAUCAAGAGAAUCUGAUAGCGAUAGCGUACAUUCUUGCAGUUAGCGUGGCUCAGGGGCUGGCCUUUCUGCAUGAUUGCUCCUCAGGCCCCAUUUUCCUCCUGGACCACUCGAGCAAAAGCAUAUUGCUCAAGUCUAUGAAGGAACCUAAGGUGGGAGAUAUCGAGCUCUGCAAGGUAAUCGAUCUCUCGAAAAGCACCGGCAGCCUCUCAACUGUUGCUGGUUCUGUAGGGUAUAUUCCACCUGAGUACGCAUACACGUUGAGGAUGACGACAACGGGAAACGUCUAUAGCUUCAGGGUCGUGUUGGUGGAACUCUUAACUGGGAAGCCAGCGGUCAGCGAGGGAACUGAGUUGGCCAAGUGGGUGUUAGCAAAAUCGUCGCAGUGGGAUCGUAUACUCGAUAUCAGUGUUAGCAGAACUUCCUCAGCAGUUCGGAGCCAAACGCUCGAUGUCCUGAAGAUCGCCCUGAACUGUGUGAGUCCAUCACUUGAAGCUCGGCCUAAGAUGAAGAGUGUGCUAAGGAUGCUCCUAAAUGCAAGGUAA